UAUAGUCGCAGUUAUUGGAUUAAAAUUCGGACAAAUAUGUUAAAUUUUUGCUUUUCUUUUGUCCUAUCUAUUUCUACAUGUUUGGCUAUUGAUACGGUUGUCAUGAUACCGACAUCGUGCGGCGUGACAGAGCCCAGGGGUCCAGGCAAAAUCAUACAAGCUCAGCCUGGCGUAGCAAUGGGUGUAUCCGAGUAUACACCGCUUUUUCCCGCGUGUUCAUACACCAUGGUAGCAGCAACUGCAAACCAUCGUAUCCGGUUUAAUUUUGGCACAGGUAUGGGAGAAGUGAACUUUAUUGACCAUCCAAACGGCUGCGGCGCCGCUAACGUACAGUUACUAGACAGCGAUGGUCUCACCCAAAUUCUACCUUUAACAUGCGGGGUUUUGGACAGGACAGAAUAUCUCUCGACCGGCGAUAGAAUGACGAUAGAAGCUAUGAGCACUGGCGGAAAUGGGACCAUUUUUAACUUUACAGCGCAGUACACGUCGUUUACCGACGCCGUUAACUGUAGCGACGAUCCGUCCGUAUUUCCGUGCGCGAACGGUCGCUGCGUCGACCCAGCGGGGCGAUGUGACGUCACACUGAUAAAUAAUUGCGGAGAUUUUUCGGACAACAGCAGAGGCCCGCCUGGCAACUGCUCCACGCCAACGACGACUGUUGUAAUGACUACAGCUCCCGGAAUGACCCUUACACCGCCAGGAGCGCCUGAAAGCGAUUCACCAAGUUUAUUAUGGAUUGCAUGGGUGGCUUUGGGCCUGGUUGGCGCCUACUUGUUCUACUGGUUACUGUGGAGACCUGGGUACCUUACAUGGCGGUGCGGCGCUUGGAGACACAUACCAUUCUGCAGAAAACACGGAUUAUGUCAGAAGCCUACCGGUUCGAGUCCCAGCGGCGGUACUUUUACGUGUUGUUCUGAAUCUAAGGUAGCAUCAGAUGCGUCACAAAUACCAAAAGAUGCUCCUGUUACGUCACAGCCAGGUCCUGUUACGUCACAAUCCGGACAAACGAACGGUGUUUUUAGUGAAUCACUUCCAAAUACAGAUGCUUAAUACUAUUGCAUACUGGGCUGGGUUUGGCAGCAAUGAUACCCCUGUAGUAGAUGACAAUUUGUCGUUUAUAACUAAAGAAACUGGUGACUGGACAUUAGUGGAUUUAGAAAACCAAAAUGAAGCUAGCAUGCACGUCGGCGCCUUGAACGCGAGAGAAAAUCUGCUAAUAGAACACCCUAGCAUGUUCGUAAAGCCAGCAGAACCAUCAGAAGAACCUAAAAACAAAACCGAAUCUCGUUCUGUACAACGUCACAAAGGAGCACCGACUUCGUUGCGUCGUAGCCACCGCCGUGCGUCGCGUCAAGCGUCAUGCGUUAUCUCCCAGAUGCACCGCAGCAACCAAAUCAAACGCGACGUAGCACGCAGCAACAAAGCAAUGCAGAAGAUGCGUCAAAUCGUACACCAGCCCCGCAAGAGGUGUUAAUUCACUUUCUCACAAAUUAGUCAAUCGUUGUACUAGUCGUCGUGUGUUGUUACGUCACAAUUGCCCUUGUUCUGUUCCUUUUACCUUACAAAAAAUUUCGAAAUUUAUUUUUUCCGAUAUUUUUUUCAAUAAAAAUAUUUUUUUUUGUUUUUAUUAAUGAUUUGAAAAUUUCAAGUUUUCGAAAUUUUACUGUUUUAAAAAUAAUUCGAUUUUGUUAAAAUUUUUAAUGUUUUUGAUGUAGAUACUUGUCUGUACAUACGCGACCGUUUUUAAAAUUUAGAAAAAAAUAUAUUUUAUAACAUUUCUAUUUUCUUAUUGCGUCAAUUUAUUCCCGUGUUUCGUGACGUCAUGUAUUAUUAGUUUUAGUUACGUUAUAUUCGGGGUUGUUACGUCACAACUGUGUAUUGUAGUAGUUUAACGUGGUUGAGCGACUUGCUCUAUACCUCCAUCUACCGGAUAAAAACUGUGGCGUUUUUGUUGCGUGUUAAAAAAAACACAAAAAAAUCACACAAAACUAUAUACAGCAUUUUUGCUACGCGGAAAAUAUAAACAACAAUUAAAAACCGCAAAAAACAUAUCAUUUUUUUCCAAAAACAUGCUCAAAUUGUCAAUACAAAAAUAUUUUUUCAAAAAUUUUAAUCGCAAUUUUUUAAUUCGCCAUUUGACUACUAAAAAUCAUUUUUGGUGCGUCAUUUUUUCAGAAAUUUCGUUCGUGCUUAAAUUUGCCUAAAAUUGUCCUAAAUUACAAUUCUCAAACACACAAAAUUAAUUCUGCAUGGUGAUAUACUAAAAUUACGAACAAAAUAAUUAUUUUUUAAUAAAUUUGCUAAAAUUAAUUUUUUUUUUCAAUUAUUUUAAUUUUCCUUAAAAUUAAUGAAAAUGCUUUUUUGGAUUUUUUUUCGUUUAAAUAUUUGUGUUCUCUGUUUUUAUCCAUUUAAUUUUUAGUCGGCGUUGUUUUUAUUUGUAUUAACCGGUUUUUAACGUUAAUAUAUAAGUAUGCCCGUCUGCUAAUACGUUUAGCAGGCGUGUUUUCUGGAAUAAAACACCCUACUUUCCAAAAA